AUGAUUUGGAACUCCCAAUUUCCGAAUAGAAGAGCUGUUUCAAGCAUCGUAAACAAUCAACCAAGCUUCACUGUCGGAUGGGUUAAGAAUCUUCGAGAAAAAAUCGGCCCCCGGGUUGCGGAUCUUAAACCUUUGAUGGAUCCCAUCAUAUUGGUAGGUCAGUUGUUGACCGGAACCUCAAGCUCCCAACCUUGA